AUGGAAAUCUUAAGAACCGAAAAAAGCUUGAAUCUUUGUUUCAAACCACUUUAUAUGUUGGAUCAAUCUGAUUUGAAAGUUUGUUACCUCAAUGCACGAUCUCUGCAUAAACAUAUUGAAGAUGUUCGAAAAGACAUUAAUUACUCGUCUAUGGAUAUUGUGAUAUUUACUGAAACAAGGUUUAACUCCUCAGACACUGACGAUAUAUACAACAUUGAUGGCUACAGGUUGUUCAGAAAUGAUGUUUCCCAAGGUACGGGUCCAGGACGUCCAUACGGUGGAACAGCUGUUUACAGCCGAGUUCCUUUAAAAGAAGGAUACCCUUAUGCUCACAACGUCAAUGGAAUCGAGUUUACAAUUAUUAAAACAGAAAGUAAUCCGCAUCUGAAUAUAAUUGGAAUAUAUCGCUCACCCAGUAUUGCUAUAUCACGUCUACUGUCUUCACUACGUAGCGUACUUGAUGAAGAUUAUAAUUCACAUUAUAAUUGGAGAUUUCAAUGUCAAGUGGAUGGUAGAAUCUGA